CCGUUCAUAACACCGCCACAUCCAAGCGUGCUGUGCGCGAGUUUUUGUAAUGUGACGUUUAUAAUUUUAUUUUUCGAAAAAUUCGCUUGUCAUUUUAACGCCGAAUGGAACGAAAAUCAUGAAUGAAAAUAUCGAAGUGGUUAAAUAUCCGAGGGAGGCCACUAUAUUCGGUGCGUUUUGUGCCAUUUUGUUUUGUAUCGUGGGUGUGAUAGGUAAUUUUGUGACAGUCUUGGCGCUGAUAAGAUGUCCGAAAUUAAGGGUCCACGCAACGACUGCGUUUGUAUUGUCCCUGUGCAUAUCCGAUUUACUUUUUUGUGCAGUAAAUUUACCAUUGACUGCUGCCAGGUAUAUAUCUGAAUCGUGGCUGUUGGGUGACGUCCUUUGUAAACUUUUUCCGGUGCUGUUUUACGGAAACGUGGCUGUUUCCGUACUUAAUAUGGUUGCUAUUACUUUAAACAGAUAUGUGCUUAUAUCUUGUUACGAGUAUUACAAUAGAUUCUAUUCGACGUUUUCAAUAUGGAUGCAGCUGCUUUGUACCUGGGGGUUCGCAUUCCUGAUAAUGUUGCCGCCUUUACUGGGAGUAUGGGGACAGCUGGGCUUAAACGCUUCAACCUUUUCUUGCACCGUAUUGGAAAAAGACGGGAAAUCGCCCAAGAAAGCUAUAUUUCUAGUGGGAUUUGCUCUCCCUUGCGUCAUCAUUAUUUUAGCUUAUUCUUGCAUUUACUGCAGCGUAAGACGUUCGAAUAAGAAGCUUCGAUCUCAUCAAUCGAACGCGGAAAAACGCAACAGCCGAAGAGAAAAAGACGACAGCCGUUUGACCAAAUUAAUGGCGUUAAUAUUUAUUUGUUUUUUGUUUUGUUUCCUUCCUCUGAUGCUAGUCAACGUAUUCGACGAUAACGUCAAAUAUCCCGUAUUGCACGUUAUAGCUUCGAUUUUGGCGUGGGCUUCUAGCGUCGUCAACCCUUUUAUUUACGCAGCGAGUAAUCGUCAAUACCGAUCGGCGUAUAAAAAAUUAUUGCGGAUCGUUAGGUCGAGCGUCGCUUUUUCCGAUUCGAAAAAUUCUAAUUCGAUGAAAUCGAGGCAAGAAAAAAAUCCGUCGGCCAGUUGCAAACCCAACGAGCCAAGCAGCGUUAACGUUUAAAAAUUUUCAAACACGAUUUUGCCGUAUACUUUUCCACCCAACUAACAUUUGUUACGGACUUGGUCAAAAAUAUCAAAAAAUGUUAGUAAAUUUGAAAAGGAAUCAAUUUUUUUUUUUGGUAAUAAAGUCAUCUAAAACAAACCUAAUUAUCCGACAAUUCUAACGAAUAAAAGAGCACAAUAUUGGUAUUUUGACACUUGUGAGUGACUCUGUAUAGUCAAGGUGCAAAAAUAUACGAGAAAAUAAUGUACUGUAAUGUACAUACUUUUUUUUAACUUAGUUUAUACAUUCCCUAACAUAGAGACCAAAAUUUUAAGACUGAAUCGUAGAAUUAACGUUGAUUUGCCAAAGUGUCGCUUCCAUUUCUAAAAAUUGAAGCUUAUUAUUAAAGAGUAUCGCUAAAAGAAAUCCAGAAUUUUGUUUAGGUAUUUCUUUAUAUUCUCUACAGAGAGAGGUAAAAAUCGUUUUCGUAUAGUCGAAACAGUUCAAAAUAAAGUGCCAUAUUAUAUUGAAGUCUUAUAUAAGUGACCUGUAAAAAAAUUAAUUUAGAAUAAAAAAUUUAUUCGCCGUUUCUAUAUUUUUUAUAGUCUCUCUUUCAUUACGGGCACAGAUUAAAACUUGAUGGAGUAAAAACCGCUACAGAACGGUCUUGUUGAAUGGAAAAAAAAAUAGACAGACUACAAAAUUAAACUUAAAACGAUUUUUUUUUGUAAAAAAAAUGGUUAUAAAAGAUAUACCCGUGUGUUUUUACGGGGUAUGAGCUUGUGAUAUGUCAACUGAUAUAUAAUUCGUGAUAGAAUACAUUCUAGUUCCAAUGUAUUUUCGCAGACUCUUGAAAAUAUUAUGUUUAUGUUUACCUUAUUUAUUAAUAAUUGUCUUUAGACGUUAUGGCCCUAAAUUGUAGACAUUGUAGAUAUAUUUUUAUAUUCCCCGACUUAGCAAAAUAAAUACGAGUGUUUUUUAA